AAGACCUCACAGACAGGAAGUCAGAUCAACACUCAUCACAGACCAGGCAGCAGAGCACACACACAUUUGGGACACUACUGGAGACACGGUCGCAGAACCACUGGCCGGUGCUCCCACACUCUGCAACAGGCGUCCUCACAAACAGAGCAGUGAAACUGCACACACACACACCAGAUCCAAAAUGCUCAGCGUUCAGGAGCGCAAGCCCAAGAGGCCUCACUACAUCCCACGGCCCCCAGGCAAGCCCUACAAGUACCAGUGUUUCCAGUGCCCGUUCACCUGCAACGAGAAGUCUCACCUGUUCAACCACAUGAAGUACAACCUCUGUAUGAAUUCUAUCUCACUGGUGUCUCAGAAAGGAGGCCACGCAGGGAGGCAGACCAAGACCCCUGGCCCAGCCAACCACAAACUGGCAUCUUUAACCCUGAAAGACAAAUCAGGGCCACUUCCUGUGGAGCGGCUCAUGACCCCUGAGGGUCACAGAGGAGGAGUGGAGAACAGGAGAGAAGAGAAGGAGGAGGAGAGGGAGGAGGAGAGGGAGGAGAGAGAGGAGGAGAAAGAGGAGAGAGAGGAUGAGAAGGAGGAGGAGAGAGAGAAGGAGAAGAGAGAGGAGGCGUGUGGGAGUCCAGUCAGGAAAGACAUUCAGAUCAAAUCAGACACAAAGGAACUCAAAGAGGCCAAGGCUUUGCCACGCCCGUCAGCCUUCUCCCAAGUCACACCCAAUCGGGAGAACCCAGAGGUCGCGCUAAAGUCGUCCCACAACCAAUCAGGGGAGCCGUCUCUGACUCCGCCCAUGCCAUCAUUCCAUAACCCCACCUUCGCCUGGGGCCCAAUGGCAGCAGCCUCCAUGCCGCUGAAGCCCCUCCCACCUCACAUAAUACCUGAGUACCCUCCCUACCUGUUUCCUGAUCGCCACCCGGCCCACCACCCCCUCUACCAGCCCUACUUCAUCCCAGGGACACAUCACCUUUCUGGGCCAAACUCCCAGACCUACCGGCCUAGCUUCCUGGAGACCCCACAAAGACCUGUGAUACCCAUGAACCCGGACCACUCCCACCCAUCUCUCAUCCCUCCAUACCCCUACAGAUAUGGUCUCCCCCUGCCCUAUGGCCUGUACCGACCCGCGGACCACCACCACCCACACCCCAUCCCUCUCCCAGGCUCCAGGUACUUUCCUCUGGAUGUGUACGACCCAAGACCAGGCCCCGGCCUGGGACCUAGGGACUAUGACUUUUACCUCCACCCCAGGCUCCACGGUGAACCCCACAGCAGACCCACGGAGGAAGGGACCAGCCAGGUGGAGCAGAGCAGAGACAAGCCCACCAGGCUGAGCCCCAUGGAGGGGUGUUCUGCCUUGGGCUCCCCUGACAGACCCAGCCCUCCACACCCCUUCACCCAGAGAGACACUACGGAGGGUUCCAGAUGUACCGUCCUGGGGGAACUACAGCCUGUCAACCAAUCAGGAGGGCCAGAGCCAGCCUCUCAGCCAACCAGAGUAGAGCCGAGCAAAAAGGACGCACCACAGAGCUUGAUGACGCACAUGGAAAGAGGGUCGGCAGCCAACCGUGCAGAGCACUCCACCUCUGCCGAAAGCAACGACUCCUCAUCUGAACGAGAUGGUGAAGAUGAUAACGAUGAUGAUGAAGAUACUGAGAAAGAUUUGAUGCCCCUGAACCUCUCCAAAAAGGACCAGGAGUCAGACCUCUUCUCCAGCAGGGGGAGCUGUCCUGAAACAGGGCACCCGGAGGAGGACCUGCCACUGAACCUGAGCCUUAGGGCCACACCAGGCAACCCAGACCACUGCUCCAAAAUGGCCACCUUAAUCGCAGUGGAUCUCAGUCAACAGGGCUCCAUCCCAGCUCCCACCCAAACAGACAAGGAGCCCAGUGACCAACAGAGACAGACUGCAGCCCUGGCUCUCUGCCAGCUGGCUAGCUCCUCCUCUUCCUCCAGCCUCAGCUCUAUGGCAGCAGACAGUCCGUCAGUACGCCCAACAGGCUGCCCCUGUCUCCCAACAACCACAGCCCUCACCAGAGAGGCGAAACACACAACCACAGCCCUCGCCAGAGAGGUGAAACACACAACCACAGGCCUCACCAGAGAGGUGAAACACACAACCACAGCCCUCACCAGAGAGGUGAAACACACAACCACAGCCCUCACCAGAGAGGUGAAACACACAACCACAGGCCUCUCCAAGGAGGUGAAACACACAACCACAGGCCUCUCCAAGGAGGUGAAACAGGAACACACAGCCGAGAGCCAGACUGACCAGUCUAGUAGCAACGUUAGGGGGGUGAAGAGAGCUGCCAGGGGAGAGAGCCAGCUCCCAGCCAGGAAAAACACCAGGCUUCCAGCCCCUCACAAACAGAGACAGACUAAGAGGGUGGUGAAGGAGACAGGAGGAGGGAGAGCACUGAGGAGGAGACCUCUCUGCUGCUGAACACCAAGUGACAGUUGAACCAAUACCCAUCCAACAGACAACAGGAAGUCCACAGUGGCUCAAAACCCUCACGGACUCUAGUCUAGGACCAGGAUGUAAAGGAGUAAAGUGGAGCUGUACAGUUGAACCUCCACGGACACGCCCCUGUCGGUCUAUAGGACGAUCAAAUGUUUACCAAGCACUAAAAGCAAGACUGGUGUUUUAAACCAACAUGUGAUGGUGUCUCCGGUAGGCUGCAGGGAAAACCUCUUUUCAGAAAACCCUCCUCACCUGCACUGACUUGACCCAAAUAGCCUUUCAUAUAAAAUGUUAACCCUUCACAUCUGAUCACAGAACGCUGUAUAGAACAAGGGUGGAACUAUUUAAGUGACUAUAAUAUGUUGUAUACUACAAGGUGCAUGGUGGUGAGAAGUUGUAUAUAUUUAAUACAGUCCUAAAAAGCAAUACCAAAAUAAAAUCUGUCCAUGUUUAUCCCAA